UUGACUUCACAGAGUAGAAAGCUUGCAGAUCACUGGAAAAGAUUUAGACGCACUGGUGGGAGACCCAAAAUUUAACAAUGGAUGUCUCUAGCUGCUCUUCAAAGAUCUACGAUGUCUUCUUGAGUUUCAGAGGGCCUGAUGUUCGUAAAAGCUUUGCCGACUGCCUCUACCACGGUCUCAAGGACGCUGGGAUCUCGGUCUUCAGAGAUGAAGAGGAGCUUCCUGUGAGAGAACCCAUCCAUCCCAAGCUUGUGCAAGCCAUCCAGCAAUCGAAAAUAUCCAUGCCUAUCUUUUCCAGAGACUACGCGUCCAGCAAGAGUUGCCUCAUGGAGAUGCAGCAAAUGCUGGAUUGCCAAAGGACGGGCGAUCACUUUAUCCUGCCCAUUUUCUUCGACAUUGGGCCCUCCGUCGUGAAGGACCAAAUCGGUACUUUCAGAAACUCAUUCAGAAAGCACGAAAGGAAUGGAGUGGACCCUGAGAAGAUCAGCAUGUGGAAGUACGCUCUUGAAAAGAUUGGACACCUUAAAGGUUGGGAUUUGCAAAACAUCGAGAAUGGGUGAUGUGGCAGAAAAAGUGGCAAAUUGGUAUCUCGAGAAAAAUAGAUUCUGACGACCCCGUCUCAAGGGAAACGACCUCUGGAGUGCAACUCACAGCCUUUGGCUACGAAAAAACAAGAUUUAUGCCGAAUUCCAUCGUUUAGGGCUUCAAACGGGCAUUUUUAUGUUAUUAUGGCGUUUUAAUAAUUUUAGGAAAAGUUUAUGUCUUUUGUGUAAUUUAGGCGUUUUAAUUCCUAUUUAAGUUUUGUAAAACCCUAGGGUUAAGACAAUUGAUGGUUUUUUUUAAUAAAGUUGUGAAGCUACCGUGCUCUUUUGCCCAA